AUGAGAACAAAAAGAACUCUUCCAAAAAAGCAGAUAUUGGAAGAAAUGAUAAUACUAAAAAAAAUGAUAGUAAUACUAGUGAGUGUGAUCCAGGUAAAGAAAAAAAAAAAAAAAGACCCGUACCAUGAUUUGGUAGAGCUGUUACCCUCAUAUUACGUAAAUAAUCAAUAUGAUCAUAAUAUAAGUAUAGACAGAGAUGAUAAUAUUAGCAGACAAGCAGUGGGGAAUAAUUUCAAUCCAAGUGAUAAUAAAAAUGCAACAAAUAUGAGUAGAAACUUUGAAGAGUUGAAUGAAAUUGAUUCAGUUUCCUUUAACAGUGUAUAUUACGAAAAUGAGAAUAAUGCAUAUAAAUAUCCUGACCAUGUACAUAAUUAUGACAAUGAGAAAGAUAGUAGUAACCGCUUACGAAAUGAAUCGAAUGGACAUAAUUACGUUGGGAUAUGCAGAAGGAAUAGCAACGAGUCCUCAAUGGCCAUUCUGGAAGAUGACUUACGGAAAGAGGAUCCGACUAUGGCAAAAAGGAAGUACACCAUCAGAUCUUUUACAGAUGAAGAUAAAGUGGGAAAGGAAGGGGAAGAAGAAGAGGAAGAAUAUUUUACUCAUAACGAUAAAGAACAACUAAAUGAUAUGUUAACCCGUAUAGAAAAGGUGUUUAAGAAUAAUACUGGGCACUUUAAUGUGAACGAUGUUAAGGAAAUUUUUGAAAAGUUAUUUGAAAAUAGGGUUAGGAAAAAGAUGUUAAUUACUUUAUAUUACUAUAUCUGUCAUUCUUACAUGAACAGGAAAAUUCUGAAUUUGAAGGAAGAGUACAUCUGUGAUAUGUUAAUAUACAAGUUUUUAUUAAAUGUUCAUAAAAUAAGAAAGAAAAGAAAGAGAUAUAAAGAGCAAGAAAAAAUUAUGAUAAUAAACGAAAAGUUAGACGUUGCAGAUGUGAUACAAAAUAAAAUACACAAGUACAGUUCCGUGUUAAUGCAAAAUGAAAACUAUAUUACGCAAAUGUUUGAAAAAAAGAAAUAUAUUUAUUCUAUUAAUAGGAUGUUGAAAAAUUAUGUUCAUAACAUUUUGAACGUUAUACUCCAUAAUAUAAUCAUACUCAAAAAAAAUAGAAAAAAAAAUCAAAGGAAAUAUUUGGAUGAAAAAAAAAAAGAAUUACUCAAUCAGGAGCUAAAAAUAAUAGAAAAAGAAAAGGAGGUAAUCAAAGAAGAACAAGAUAUUCAAGAGAGAGAAAAAAAAAUACAAAAAGAAAAUGAGGAUAUAUGCAAAUCGGAAGAAGUCAUUUCUGUAAAAUAUGAUCAACAGAUAAACAAAAUUAAUGAAGAUAUAAAUCUCAUGGAUGUUAACAUAAAAGAAUUAGAAAAGAAAAUUGAACUUAUAAAAAUAGAGAAAUUGAACGCAUUAAAAAGGAGAAAUCAAAUAGAAGGGGAAAAACAAAUAGAGCUAGGGUUAGUUUUACAAAAGAAAUCAAAAAUACAUACAUCCAUGAACUUUCUAAAAAACACACUUGAACUUGUAAAUGAAAAGAAGACAUUCAUCAUAAAUGAAAAGGAAAGGAUGAAAGAAGAUUCAGCAAUUUUGUGCACAAUAUACAAGAGAUGGAAUGAAAAAUUUUUUUUAACUAAUCAGUUAAUAUCAGCUCUGAGAAAGAGUAUAGAAAGGUUUAGUAAAGAUUAUGACCAUAUGAGUAUUUCAGAUUGUCAUAGUAUUACUGUAUCUACUACAAAUGGAAACCCCCUUAUAAGUGAUGGUAAAUCUGUCCAGCCAGUGGAACAACAAAUACAGCAAGGAAAAAACGAAAACACAAAUAUUCAAAUGGUAGAGUCUAACGUAUCAGAAACGCAAAAUAUGGUUCCAUACUAUGAACAGAAUGAAGGAAAAUCAAAAGGAGCACAAAAGUAUUACUCGUACGAUAAGGGUCAAAUAGUGGAUAAUGAACAAAAUAACGAUAUACAAAAUUUUGGAAAAAUAAAAGAGAGGUGUAAAAAUGUAGUCAUUAAUAUUAACGUUUCUUAUUCAAUAAAAAAAAUAUAUUUUUUAAAAAAAAAAAUCCUUGAACUUGAAAAAGUUUGUAACUAUGUAAAAGAAAAGAAGAAAAAACUUAUGAUUGAUAUAAAUCAGUGUAACUGCGAAUUAGACAAUAUAAAUAUUAAAAAAGAAAAUUUAAAAAAUAAAAAGAAGAUUUUACUCAAAAGCAAAAUGUUAAAUGAAGUGAAAAACACUAUUAACGAAUUUGAUGAAUUAUUAAAAACAGAAAAUACCAUUUUAAAGCAAUUAGAAAACUCAAAAAAUGACAUGACUAGUUUGAAAAAGCAGUACCUUAUCUAUAAAGAAAAAAAAGAAAGAGUAAAAAAAAAAUUAUCUUUACAAGAAAGGAAGUUAUUAAAAAGUGAAAUGGAAUAUGUUGAACGUUUUUUAAGCUCAGUACAGCUUGAUGAAAAAAUCAAAUGGCAGUUUAUCGAAAGCAAUGAUUUAACAAAAACAAGCCAAAAUUGUAUGAUCGUAAAAGAGGGAGAAGCCGAACAGGAGAGAAACAAUGAAGAGAUAAGGAACAUGGUAAAAGUAGAUAGCUCUUGUGGAAAAGAGGAAAAAGUAAAAGACUGCGUUGCACAAAUUAGGUGCUAUAAAAACGGAGAAGAAAUGAAUGCAAGGAGAAAAGAAGAGAAUAGUGGGGAUAAGGAAAAUUUUUUAUUUUCUGAAGAUUCAGAUGACACAGAGAAGGAGAGAAAUUUAAGGCAAGACGUGAAGAGUUUGUUGCACGAAUUGGAGAACGGCAGUUCGGGGUCUGAAAAGGAGGAAAUUUCAAAUGACGAAAAGGAAGAUGUGGAAGUAGAAAUAGACAAAGAUAAUGAAAAUGUUGGGGGAGUAGAAAGCGGCAAAGGGAGCGAUGAUGAUGGCGAACUAGACACUGACGAAGCAAAAAAUAGUGAAAAUAAAAAUACAGAAUCUCAAAGUAGUCAAGAUGAACGCGGAGAAGGAGAAAAGGAAGGAGAAGAAGAACAACAACAACAACAACAAAGCGGUCAUUCUGAAGGUGAACAAAAAGAUAAAGUUGGAACAGAUGAAUCAUGUACAUGCCAACAAAAAUAUAAAAAAAAAAAUAUAUUAUCAGAAGAAAAUAGCAACAAUCAGUCGAUGAAAAACCAGCCAGUCCAAAUAACAUAUGAUACUGACAGUAUUAUAAUUAACAAUGACCCCCGUUUAAGUGGAAAUUACGAUGAACUUUUGAAUGUAAUGAAAAAAUUAAAAGAGGGAAAAAGUGAUAUCUUCGAAAAGAUAUUAGAAAGAUAUAAAACCAUAUAUAGCGUAAAUGAAAAUAUAGACUAUAACAUGUUAGAACAAGAAAUUACAAACUUUUAUAAUGAUGUAGUGAAAGAAGAAAAUAUUUUAAAAACUAAAAAGUUAAGUAUAAUAAAAAAAAAAAAAAAUUUAUUAAAAAAGUACUACUCAUACACGUCAGAUAAUAGUGACGAGGAGGAGUUAAACAUGUAA